GGCAACUCAAUUCACUUUGGCCAAGGAACAGUGCGCUCCCAUCACUCGAAUGGAGUCGUUCACAGCGUCCAGGUGCUCCUCCAUUCCGUCCCCACUGCCGCACAGUGCAGGUGGCAUGGACAGUCCGGAUAUCUGCGAGCCGCCACAGGAUGAGGAGGAGUUCUGCUUCCGCUAUCCCAGCUACAUGUUCCCGGACGUGGAGUACGACAAGGAGGACGUGCCGCUGCCCUUCAAGGCCUCGCCGGACUCGCUCUUCAAUCUCUGCGCCGCCGUCGUGGACUCCCAAGCCCGCACUGAGGUCUUCAAGUGGAGCAUCAACGAUGUGACCGACUGGCUGCGCAACUUCGGUUAUCCCGAGUACGAGCAAACGUUUCGGGAGAACUACAUUGAUGGUCACAAGCUGCUGAAUCUGGACGCCGUUGCCCUGGUGGCACUCAACGUGCGAAACUUCGAGCACAUUCGCCACCUGGGCCGCGGAAUUCGAGCGCUGUACAGGAAGGAGCUGCAAACGGCCACGGAGACGAAGCAGCAGAGCGAGGUCUACAAGACAUUCCGGGCACGCACUGGACGGAGGUACGAGGGAUUGCGGGAGACGGAGCUACUGGGACGCAUGCACAUGAUUCGCUCCGUGUUCCGCGACGUCAACGACUGGGAUCUGAUGGAGCUGCACAUGUCCAGGACGCCGGUGAGGCGGUAUCGCGAGAUAGUCGCUGGUUCCAGGCGCUACAACCUGUACCUGUUCAACUUGAAGUUGUGUAUCGCUUUGCGAGCAAUAAAGUAA